AUGCGGACCGGGGUGCCCUGCAGCCAUGUCCGCUGGACACGAGGCGAGUCACCCCCCGGGCACCACCGCUGGACCCAGCCAUGGCUGCGGGACCCGCACCCCAGGGGUGAUGGCAGCCCCAUGGUGACUCCAGCAAGGGGGCCAGGGGAUGGAGCCCGCUUGCUGGGGGACCCUGGCCAGGCAGGCACGGUGAUACGGGUGGAGGUGGGUGCCUGGACGUACCACUACAGUGACCAAGGGGACUACAUGUGGGAGCAGGCCAGGAACUACUGCCAGACCUUCUUUACCGACCUGGUGGCAAUCCAGAACAAGCAGGAGAUCGAGUACCUCAACAAGAGCCUGCCCUUCCAUGGGCGCUACUACUGGAUCGGCAUCCGCAAACUGGGUGGCAUCUGGACCUGGGUGGGCACCAGGAAGGCAUUGACGAAGGAGGCGGAGAACUGGGCAGCCGGGGAGCCCAACAACCCCUGCAGCCGGAAGAAAAAGGCGCUGUGCUACCAGGCCUCCUGCCAGCCCUUGCCAUGCAGCCAGCGCGGCGAGUGCGUGGAGACCAUCGGGAGCUACCGCUGCGAGUGCUACCCCGGCUUCCAUGGCCCCGAGUGCGAGCAUGUUGUGCAGUGCGCUGAGCUCGAGCCGAAGGGAGCGCGCAUGAACUGCAGCCAUCCCUUCGGAGACUUCAGCUACAACUCCACCUGCGCGUUCCGGUGCCAGGAGGGGUUCGAGCAGCGAGGGGCAGGCACGCUGCGGUGCCUCGCUUCCCAGCAGUGGUCAGCAGAGACCCCCACCUGCACAGCCAUCACAUGCCCAGUCCUCAGAGCUCCAGACUGGGGAGAGCUGAACUGCUCCCACCUCCACGGGGACUUCGCCUUCAGAUCCACAUGUGCCUUCUCCUGCCAGACGGGGUUUGUGCUGAAGGGGUCAGAGACCCGCGAGUGCACGGCCACAGGGACCUGGACAGGAGACGCCCCACGCUGUGAAGCCAUCACCUGCCCAGUGCUCAGUGCUCCAGACCGGGGAGACCUGAACUGCUCCCACCUCCAUGGGGUCUUUGCCUUCAGCUCCACCUGUGCCUUCUCCUGCCAGACGGGGUUUGUGCUGACGGGGUCGGAGACCCGCGAGUGCACAGCCACAGGGACCUGGACAGGAGAUGCCCCAAGCUGUGAAGCCAUCACCUGCCCAGUGCUCAGUGCUCCAGACCGGGGAGACCUGAACUGCUCCCACCUCUACGUGGAUUUCACCUUCGGCUCCAUGUGUGUCUUCUCCUGCCAGAUGGGGUUUGUGCUGACGGGGUCGGAGACCCGCGAGUGCACAGCCACAGGGACCUGGACAGGAGAUGCCCCAAGCUGUGAAGCCAUCACCUGCCCAGUGCUCAGUGCUCCAGACCGGGGAGACCUGAACUGCUCCCACCUCCAUGGGGUCUUUGCCUUCAGCUCCACCUGUGCCUUCUCCUGCCAGAUGGGGUUUGCACUGAUGGGGUCAGAGACCCGCGAGUGCACGGCCACAGGGACCUGGACCGGGGACGUCUCACGCUGUGAAGCCACCACCUGCCCAGUUCUCAGAGCUCCAGACUGGGGAGACCUGAACUGCUCCCACCUCCAUGGGGACUUCACCUUUGGCUCCACGUGUGCCUUCUCCUGCCAGAAGGGGUUUGUGCUGACGGGGUCGGAGACCCGCAAAUGCACGGCCACAGGAACCUGGACCGGGGAUGCCCCAAGCUGUGAAGCCAUCACCUGCCCUGUGCUCAGUGCUCCAAACUGGGGAGAGCUGAACUGCUCCCACCUCCACGGGGACUUCGCCUUCAGCUCCACCUGUGCCUUCUCCUGCCAGACGGGGUUUGUGCUGACGGGGUCGGAGACCCGCGAGUGCACGGCCACAGGGACCUGGACCGGGGACUUCCCCCGCUGUGAAGCCAUCACAUGCUCAGCGCUGGCCACCCCCAAGAUGGGCCAUGCUGCCUGCUCCCACCUCCAUGGGGACUUUGCCUUCGGAUCCACCUGUGCCUUCUCCUGCCAGACAGGGUUUGUGCUGAUGGGGCCAGAGACCCGCGAAUGCAUGGCCACAGGGACCUGGACGGGGCAUGCCCCGCACUGUGAAGCCGUCAGCUGCCCAGUGCUGGCCACCCCCAGCAAAGGCCAGCUGAGCUGCUCUCACGAGCACGGGAACUUCACGUACAACUCCACGUGCGCCUUUUCCUGCGAGGAGGGGUUUGUUCGGAUGGGAGCAGAGGUGCUCUGGUGUGCAGCCACAGGGAACUGGACCAGGCAUCCCCCUGUCUGCGCAGAGGACGCUGCCCCCUUCUUAAAGCAAGUCCUGGCUUACAGCAGCGGCACAGCUCUGGCCGUAGCUGGCAUCGUGCUCUCGGGGACGCUCAUCGCCCUCCUCGCCAAGCGGCUCAGCAACAGAGGUACAGAAACCCCUCCCGCACCCCACCGGCGCUUUGGCCCGGGGGCUCUCCCAUCAGGGGGUUACGGAGUCCCAGGGGAGGGUGGGAUGAUCAGAAGAGCUUAA